AUGACUGAAGAAUGGUGUUGUGAAAAACUGGAAAACCUAAAAAUAAAAGAGAAUCGUAUGUCCACCCUAGCGGAGAUACGAGGUCGCCUCAAUGAAACUCCAAAUUUGGAAGCAAAGGUAACCAACCGUUUGCUAACAUCUUCGGAAAUAUAUGACUGUUUGGAAGUAGAGGACGACGAUGAAUCGCCACUGGACGCCAAUGCAGAUCCUAUGGACUUGGUUAGCGACAUCCUGUCCAUAUGCAUGGCCAAUUUGUCCUUACGUCAAAACGAUUUACCACGUCUGCUGGACAGAGCUUUGCAGCACAAGAGGUCACGCAUUCGUUCCUUGGCACUGAAUGCCAUACUCAAGGAAUUACAAAAUCAAAUAAGUGAUGUCAGCUUGGGCGCUGCCAUCUCCGAUGACCUACUUCGACACAUUUUAAAGGCAUUGCAAGAAUCAGAGACCCAACUCGGAAGUCCUGCUGUAAAAAUUCUGACCAUUGUUUUGCCGGAACAUUUACAGAAGUCAUAUGUGAAGGAAACACUUUUAGAAGCCCUGAAGGGUUCUGAGGUGGUCAAGUGUCGUGUCUAUGAAUUGGCUGUCAAUCUUUCUAAAAGUUCGCCUGCAACAUUGGAACAAGUUGCGUUCAUACUUGAUCAUGCACUGUCGGAAUUGGAUAACGAUGAUGUUUUGUUGCAAGUGAAUAUUCUGGAAAUAUUAGCAUCGUUGGCGGAACAAAAUCAUGGCAUAAUAUUUUUGGAAAAACAACAGGUGUUCGAUGUCAUUAGCAAGAAAGUUGAACUUAUCGAACAGAAUCCACUGGAUCGCCUAUUGGUUCCGGGCAUAAUGAAGUUCUUUGGGAAAAUUUCCAGCAUACAGCCACAAAAGAUUAUAACUGGAUAUCCGCGUAUGAUACAAUGUCUAUUCGAGUGUUUGCAUUCGGGAGAUGUGUCGCUGUUGCCAGCAGCUUUUGAUACAUUAGCUAACCUGUGUCAAUCUCAACAAGGCGUAAUCCUAUUGGAAGAAAACUACAGCAGUGAUGUCAAAGAGAGUAUGGAGGAUUAUAGUUCUUAUUUGCGCAACUUGCCUUCAGAACUGAAAAAUCGAGCAUUUAGUAGUUUAGAAUUGAUAUUUACAUUCGACGAAGCCGUUUCAAAUCAAGUGAGCGAAAUUUUACACAAAUGGUUUCAACAUUUAAAUGAUGGACAAAAUAAUAUGCAAUUCCUUAUGGACUUUUGUCGCAAUCCAUUCCCUGAUAUAAAAAUUUCAACAUUAAAUUUAAUUGGUGCCACUUGUCUGUAUGCUUGGGGCAUUGAUGCCCUGAAAAAUACAGCUGGAUUUUUGGAAUAUCUCCUCGAUCGGAAAAUCGAAUUUGACAAGGAAGCAAAAUAUGCAAAAUAUUGUGUCAUUAAAAUUUUAGCCGAAAGCUGUGCUUUUGAUAUUGAGACCAACAAUCAGUUGCGUACAUAUGUCAAUGAGGGUCCAUAUUAUGUGCAAGCAAUAAUGGAUGUUGCUGUCGAGGGCAAUUAAAAAAUA